AUGGCUCCUGAACCAAAGGCAACCCAUGAGGGAGACAAGAAUAAACCUCUCGACCGCGAACUGAAAGACAUGUUGAAUACGAUGACCAACCGCAUUGCCGAUCUUCACAAGCCAAGUGCAAGUCUUCACAACCAGGAAAGCGCGGUCGAUGAGGAUGAUCAUGGCAUCAGAAUCGUUACUCUUGCUGGAAACAACACAGGAGCUACAAUGCGAACCGAGUUGGGUGAUCAGAAAUCCAAUAAGUUGCCUGACGGGGUGUCAUUUGGUGAGCCUGAGGCAUUAGGUACUUACGUUAAUAGCAACUUUCAAGCUGUUAACAAUUCUAUGAUGUUUGGUAGCAACUACAGCACUAAUGAUCCUGGUGUUCAUAUGGACAUUUCGGAUGCUUACGAAAACGCUGGAGUUAAGCCUGAUAAGCAUGGAAGGAAGGGAAAGAAGAAAGACAAGGAAGCUUUCAGAAGUGACCAGCAUUCUGAGCGGUCAAAUUGA